UUAAAUUUUGUUUAAAAUAUGGCUACUGUCGGAUGUGAGGUGUCUCGUAAAUUAGGACGUGUUUACUUGACUGUAAAAACAUUUGGUUCUAAGACUAAUAACAGCAAAUAAAAUGAGCGAAAGAAAGUUUACGCGAGGACUGAGCAAGCCUGGAAUGGCUGCCCAGAUGAGAGAAACUGUAUCGCAAGUAGUUAGAGAGACAACGGCACAAAACAAACCAUUGUUGGUGGAACCUUUGGAUUUUGAAACAUUCAUUUUGAAGAACAAGACCUUGUUGCAGAAUGACCCUCAACGAGAAAUUUUGCUGUACCCAUCUGAUGAUGUGUCUCAGGUGGUACUGCCGCGAAGGUUCCGCACGACAACGCACAGCGUGCCCUCUGACCUCGACAUACGUGAGUGCAGCCUCUUCACGAAGGAGUGCAUCAAGAGUUACACGUCCAACUGGAACCUGAUCCAUUACAAAUACAGUGCCUACUCAGGGUCCUACCUUGAACUACCAAAGAUAUCAAAGUCAGACGAACUGAAAGAUGAAGUGUAUGAAAUUGAUACUGACGCUGAUCAGAUUGAUGAGGAAAUUGUUUCAAAGAACGACGGUAUCACCAAGCAAGGCUACCUGAUGAAAGGGCCGGAAGUAGGUACAGACAGAAUGUUUGUCAACCUGGGGUCCAAAUCGUACAAGCGGCGUUUCUGCAAGCUCAGGCAAGAAGUGGAUGGUACUUACAUACUGGAACUUCACAAAGAUGAAAAGAAAGGUGAAGCCAAAGCUACCAUUGUCAUGGAUUUCUGCACCGAAGUUGUUCGCACCACAAAGCGAGGCAGGUUCUGCUUCGAGCUGCGCAUGACGGCCGGCCACAAGUCGCACAGCCUGGCGGCCGAGUCCGAGAGCGAGCUCCAGGACUGGCUGAGCAAACUGAACAGUGUCAUGCAGCACAACCGCCAGCAGGAGGAGAAGAGAGCAGCUUCCCUGGAGAGAGCCGCCAACACCCCGCCGCCAUCUCCGCAGCCAGCACAGAUGUACGGCACGCUCAAGGGCCUGGAACAGAGCAUGAACCCCCAGCUGAUGAAGUACGCCCGGGAGACUGACGUCUCCAUUGCGCUGGCGAGAAGGGACAACCGGCGGCGUCUCUUCAGCAUCUAUCCUCACAUGCCUCACGUGAAGACACCUGGCCAGAAUGUGAGCGAGCAGAGUGCGGAACCAUACCGGGAGCAGUUUGGCCAGCGACUGAUGGUUCGCUGCGAGAGCAUCAGGUUUCGGUUGCAAGCCCCCAUCGACGGAGAGAAGGAAGGCCUUUGUCAGGUGGAACCGUACUUCACAACGUUAGCGCUGUUUGAUGCAAGGCAAGGAAGAAAGCUGACUGAAAACUUCCAUUUUGAUGUAAACCAUCCGCUGAUACGCAGCAUGGUGUCUUCCCCAGGUGUUGAGUGUGUGCCAGACUUGCCCCUCCCAUCUGAACUGCAGCAAGUUCCAUCUGACUGGCUUCUGUAUCCUAGACAGGCAGUUUUCAGCCUAAGCAACCCCCAUCCGGACGUAUUCCUGGUCGUGAGGAUAGACAAAGUGCUGCAGGGAGGCAUAUGCCAGACGUCUGACCCGUACGUGCGGAGCACCAAGGAUCCACGGCUGGGGCUGAGAGUGCACAGAGCCGUCAAGUCGUGUUGUCAGAGGUUGGGUAAUUACCGCAUGCCAUUUGCUUGGACUGCCCGACCGCUGUUCAGGAUGUACAGUAACGAGUUGGACUUGUCGUCAGACUUCCCCGCCAUUUACCGGCAGGAGCCGAGUAAACUGAAGGACGAGGAGUUGCUGAAGAUACUCUCCGAGUAUCGCAAACCUGAAAAAAUGAGUCGCCUUACUAUGAUUCCUGGCUGGCUGAAAAUUAAGAUUGAGCAGAUUACAGAGCUUCCAAAGAAUUCCCUCACGUCAUCGUUGUCGCCACUGAAGGAAUUCCCCGUCCCACCCAAUUGCGAGCCAACCAUAGAGCUAACAGAGUUCGAAGGUAGCUCAGAAAAGGAUGUUCAUCCGUACACAACGUACGUGAAUCACCUCUACAUAUACCCACGGAGCCUCAGCUUCGACACUCAGAAGACCUUCACCCGAGCGAGAAACCUUGCUUGCGUGGUGGAGUUGCGCGACUCCGAUGCAGAGGAUGCACGGCCGCUGUGUUGCAUCUACGGUCGGCCGGGUGGCCCCUUGUUCGUGGCCCAGGCACACUGCACAGUCCUGCAUCACAGCACGAGCCCGACUUGGUACGAGGAGGUGAAACUACGUCUGCCGAUAUACCUGCACACGAAACAUCACCUGCUGUUCAGCUUUUACCACGUGUCUUGCGAACCCUCCAAGAAGAAGGAGUGCAGCGUAGAAACGUGUGUCGGGUAUUCAUGGCUCCCACUGCUAUUCAAAGGGAGGUUGAAUGUGGAAGAGCAGUGCCUUCCCGUGUCUUCGAAUCUUCCCGCCAGCUACCUCUCCGUCCAGCCCCUUGGGCUUGGCAAGGGGGUAAUGACUGUUUACGCCGGGCCUGACGUGUCGUGGAUCGAUGGCCAGCGGCACAUCUUCGGCGUGUGCCUCCAGCUGGUGUCGACGGUCGCCACCAAGGACCAGCACCUCCACAACUUGUUCUCUCACACGGAGAAGAUGUUCGGCCCCAAGCCCUCCGCCCUGCCCUCCGAGUCUGAAACCUGCAAAAUACUCAAGGCUGCUCAUGCAAUGCAGCUUCCCAGUUGCAUCACCUUCCUCCCGACGCUGCUGAACCACCUCUUCUCUCUGCUUGUGACGACGACCAGCGAAGAAGUGGGUCUGAAUGUCAUCAGGGUGCUCAUCCACGUCAUCCACUUGAUUCACGAGGCCGGCCGGAAGAGUAUCCUGCAAACAUACGUCAAGUUUGUGUUCGUGCCGCCGUGCGUGGCGAGCGCCACCACGGUGCACGAGGAGAUGAGCAGGCACCUGCCGACAUUGCUGCAGCCGGCCAACACUGACUUCCUGGUCAUCAACAAAUUCAUGCACCACUCCAGCUUCUUCUUCGAUGUGAUGGUGAAGAGCAUGGCCCAGCACCUGCUCACCACUGGCCGCAUCAAGAUGCAUAGGAACGAAAGGUUUUCUGCUGAUUUAUUGUUUCGGAUCCAAAAUCUUCUUCAAGUGCUGUGUCCAUAUUUGAUCCAAAAGCACAAAGAAAUGCCUUUGGAAACAGAGGAACUGAAUCGAAGCCUUGCAGUUUUUUUGAAGAAAUGCCUGACGUUCAUGGAUCGUGGUUACGUUUUCAAGCUGAUAAAUUCGUACAUGGACAAGUUCAACCCAGGCGACCCCAAGACCUUGUAUGAGUACAAAUUCACAUUUCUGCAGAUAAUUUGCAGUCAUGAGCAUUACGUGGCCUUCAACCUUCCGAUUCGUCACAACGCAAGGGUGGGCAACAAGGGUAGAGGUGACCACCUGACGGAGUGCUGCCUCUCGGAGGAGUUCUGCAGGCAGCACUUCCUGGCGGGGCUGCUGCUGCAGGAGGCGCGCUCCUCGCUGAACGAGCCGUGCCAGGUGCGCAAGGUGGCCGUCUCCACGCUGAGGGACCUGCUGGCCAAGCACGAGCUGGACGACAGGUACCAGAGCAAGGGUCAGCUGUCCCGCAUCGCGGCGCUGUACGUGCCGUGGCUGGGCAUCGUCCUGGAGAACCUGGGCCGCCUGAACGCGGUGCAGGAGGUGGUGUCCGGCCGGAGGCGCUCCGACCUGCUCGGCACCAGCAACAGGACGUCCACCUGCAGCUCCUUCCUGCUCGGCUUCAAGGACUCGUCGUCCUCUCUGGGCACUCCGCGCUCCGCCAACCGCUUCACCCUGUACCUGGACCAGGGGCCGGCCGACCACCGGGACGCCUCCUACUUCGCUGCCAUCGCGGGCCAGGCCCUGACAAACGGCAAUUCAUCCGUCAGCCUGGACUCCGACACGUCAACAGUUUCUGGGGAUGGCCUGUCCACUGUGUCCCAGGAAACAGCCAUCAUCAGGGAGCCCAGAGACAACACCAGUACCAAGAGACACUCCAGAUCGUUGAGUGUGACCAACUCGCAGCACGUGGUACGCUGCGACAAGCUCCAGUCAGCCGAGAUGAAAGACCUUCUCCUCUGCUUCAUGUUCGUGGUCAAGUACCUGGGCGAUGAGUACUUGAUAGCGUGGUGGCAACAAUGCUCUGAGCUAGAGAUCCUCAACUUCUUCAGGUGUAUUGAGCUGUGUCUCCACCAGUUCAAGUACGUUGGCAAGCGGCAGAUCGCAGCCAAGACGACCGCUGGCAAGCCUGGUACAACCAAAGCGAUGACUCUGCCUGCCCGAAUGCAACCCCCAGACUUCUCCGGAGACGAGCCACCCCUGGCUCUGCACAGUGGUAGCAGUAGCGUGGGCAGGGAGAACAUACAGCAGAUAGUGGGCGACACGGACUCGAGCAAGCUGUACCAGGCCCUACUGGAGGCGAACAUGGCAACAGAGGUGGGGCUGGUGGGGCUGGACGCGCUCGGCCUGUACUGCAUCCACUUCAAGGAGAACCUGCUGCUGGGCCAAGGCGAAAACGCCGUGAUGCGCAAGCUGUUCGACAUCUACCUGUCCUUCCUGCAGGUGGGCCAGUCCGAGACGCUCUUCAGGCACUUGUUCGCAGCGCUGCGGGCGUACAUCAACAACUUCUCCGUGGUGCUGUUCCAAGGUAACGCUCAGCUAUGCGGGCGUCUGUGUUACGAGCUACUCCGAUGCUGCAACAGUCGCCUGUCAUCCAUCCGACAGGAGUCUUGCGCUCUGCUGUAUCUUCUGAUGAGGAGCAACUUUGAGUUCACCAAUAGGAAGGGCCUAACCAGAGUUCACCUCCAGGUGAUCAUUUCGGUCUCCCAGAUGCUGGGUAAUGUCAUUGGGCUGGACAAUGCCAGGUUCCAAGAAUCUCUGUCCCUUAUCAACAGCUAUGCAUCGAGCGACAAAGUAAUGAAAGGAACAGGGUUCCCAGUCGAGGUCAAGGACCUGACGAAGAGGAUCCGCACGGUGCUGAUGGCGACGGCGCAGAUGCGGGAGCACCACCAUGACCCCGAGAUGUUGGUGGACCUGCAGCACAGUCUGGCCAACUCGUACGCCUCGACGCCAGAGCUGCGCCACACCUGGCUCGAGUCCAUGACCAGGAACCACGUGCGCGACGGCAACUUCUCGGAGGCGGCUAUGUGCCAGCUGCACAUUGCGGCCCUCGUCGCAGAGUACCUCAAGUUGAAGAGGGUGCAGGCGUGGGGCGCCGAGGCGUUCGGCAGGAUGUCCUCCAACAUCCCGAGGGACGAGCGGGGACUGAAGCUGGAUGCUGGUGUGCAAGACAUUCAGUACACAGAACUGACGCUGCUGGAACAGUUGGAGCAGUGCGCGGAGUACAUAGACAAAGCAGAGCGCUACGAGCUGCUAGGAUCUCUCUACCAGCUGAUAGUGCCUUCGUACGAAAGGAAAAGAAACUUCGAGGCCAUGGCGAACUGCUACCAAAACCUCUCCCAGGCCUACAGCAAAGUGGUGGAGGUGACCCGUUCGGGACGCAGGCUGCUGGGCCGUUACUACAGGGUCGCCUUCUACGGCCAGGCUUAUUUUGAAGAAGAUAGUGGGGUGGAAUACAUUUACAAAGAGCCAAAGGUCACCUCUCUGUCAGAAAUUUCAGAACGUAUUUACAGACUGUACUGUGAUAAGUUUGGUCAAGAAGUGAUCAAGAUUAUCAUGGACUCUGCACCUAUUGUUCCAGCCGAAUUGGAUGCGAAGUUCGCAUACAUACAGGUAACCCACGUGACACCUUACUUUGAGAAGGCGGAGUAUGAGGAGAGGCAGACUGAGUUUGAACAGUGCCACGAUGUGAACUGCUUCAUGUUCGAGACGCCGUUCACCAAGGACGGCAAAGCUCGCGGAAGCCCGGAGGACCAGUGGAAGAGGCGGACGAUUCUCACCACCAAGUACUCGUUCCCGUACGUGAAGAAGCGGAUAGCAGUGGUGAAGCGGCGCCUGGAGGAGCUGGGUCCCAUCGAGGUGGCCCUGGACGAGAUGCAAGCCCGCGUGGCCGAGCUGGAGGAGGUCGUCUUCAGCAAGCCCACCGACCUCAAGAAGCUGCAGCUCCGGCUGCAGGGCUCUGUGUGUGUCCAAGUCAAUGCUGGCCCGCUCGCGUAUGCAUCUGUUUUCUUGGGUCCCAACCCAGAUGUGCAGUACCCAGAAGACAAAAUUGAAGAUCUCAAGGAUAUAUUUAGGGAGUUUGUGAAGAUCUGCUACACGGCGCUGCAGAUAAACAGCAAGCUGAUUGGUGCGGAGCAGCAGGAGUACCAGGACGUGCUGCGCAAGAACUACCAGAAGCUGUGCCACGAGCUGUCCGUGCUGUUCGGCGAGGCGCUGUGGCCGGAUGAGGAGAUCGGUUGCUUCAAGCGCAACAGCCAGGCCUUGUUCAGCGUCAUCAGUGGCGCGUCAGCCAACUCCAGCACGGCGUAGCCUGCCGCCCCCUGUUGUUUUGUAGGGGAGAGUUUCUAUUGUGCGUUUCGCCGUUUGUACUUGUUGAGUGUUUCAGACCUUAAUGUAGAGACGGGGAAAAUUUGCUGUUUCUUGUUGUGAUAGGCUGUGAUUGACACUUUUUUAUCUUUGAGAUGCUGUUAUGAUUGGUCCUUUAACCAAAGAAAUAAUGAACUGUGGAGUCUGGCCUGAGGUCAUUGAACCCGCAAUUUUUUCUCGUCUCUAACUGUAUGGUUGUGUUGUGUGAUGGAGAGGUUUUUGAGAGUGACGUUCCUUUUUUUUUUUUUUUUUAUUGUGGCUGUAACGUAACUUGUAUGGAACCCAUCACCAUAUCAAGCCAUGCAGAGCCUCAUCCCGUAGAUCAAUAAGUACGGAGAUCUUGUGAACUUAAGUAAUACCUUUAAAAGAAUGAUGUAUAAGUGACUAGAAGAAUUAUAUAUUGUGUAUUGCUAGUCACGUUCAGAGAGAGCAGAAAUAAUAAUGAUUCCUCACAAAGAAGGCUCUCAUUUGGUUAUGUAUUCCUUAUCUAUUGCAUUUAAAAUAUCUCUCUUCUCCUUCGUUGUCUUCUAUUUGACAUUCCACACUAACCUUCUUGUUUAAAGCGUAGCUUUGAUUAAUUAUUUUCGCUACUGACAAUUGAAGUAGUGUGUUACACCACACACCAGAAGUUGCUGGAAGUUUUCUCAUUAAUUAUCUUAUGGAUGAUUUUUGCCUCAUUAAAAUUAUUCAAGGUGCAGUACUUAAUAAUUGUAAUUAUUCAUGUGCUUAAUUUCUAUGUGUGAAUGUCUUAUUUUAAUUGCUGCGGGUCCAGCGGCAUUGUCUUGUGUUGCAAACCAUAGGUUUAUAUUUACUUUUCUUCAAGCACAUGGCUUUUGUUUUGUAUAUCUUCGGACAGGUAUAUUGUUAACUAAGCACUAAAUGAGAGAGAAAGCUCUAAACCAGUAUUUGUAUCUAGCUCAUUAAUUUGUGUAGUGUUUUUCACCUUUCUUUCCCCCCCUCCCCCUACCCCUUCCCCUCUUUUCAUUACUUUGUUCUGUUCUGUAUCAUUUUUUCCUUUGCUUUCUAAAGUUUUAGCUUCUAUAAUGGGUUUUAAAAUCCCCUAAAGACAGGCACAAAUUAUAAAAUAAUAAUUAUUACAGUUGUUAAGUUGAAUGCACAGUAAUGUGUGAGGUUUCAAAACAUAAUAUUAUGGCCACUAUUUUUGUCCAUGAAAAAGUAUUUUGUGGAACAUAAUUUUAUUCUAAUGGUGAAUUAAUAAAUAAAAAAGAACUUGUUGAAGAAUUUCUCUGGUAUUUUCAUGUAUUGUAAAUGGAACACCAAGUGGAAAUAACCACCCAUAUACAAGUUAGUCAGAAUGGAACCUUUGAUAUUCUAAGUGAUUGUCAGGUAUGCUGUUGUAUGAUAAAACACUUAUCAUAAAUGAUUUUCUGAGAUUAAAUGGCUGAAACUCUUCCUAAGUGGCCAGUGUUUUUAAUUAUUUGUUUAUUUUAUAAUGUAACCUACAUAUAUGUUGUUUUUGUCAAGUUAAACCAAUGUUCAAGUGUAUGUCAUUCAGUAGCAUGAUAUUUAGAAAUUGGUGACGAUGCAUGUAUUGUUACCAAUGGUGUGAAAGAUACACCCAUUACUUUGCUUGUUUUUGUUUCCCUCAUGUAACACGUGUAGUUUCUCAAAAACAUUUUACAAAAAUUAUUUUAAAGGACAUUUUUUAUUUGUAUCAAUUUUUUACCAAUUCUGUGUGUUUUUUCCUAUUGCAGAGUGCAUAAUACUCAUUAACUCAAAACUUUGCAAAUGGAGAGCUACAUAAAACUUGCAUAAAAUAUUAGUUUGAAUAAACUAAAUUAAAAUAGUCAGAUUUUGUUAUUGCUAUGACUUUUGUUUUGUUUUGUUUUGUUAGAUAAAUAUUUGUGUUUCAUAAAUAUUAUGUAGUACAAUCUAUAUGUACCCUUAGAUUGUAUUUAAAACAAAAACUUAAGCUACCACACCAUUACUAUGACAUCAAAAUUUAUAAUUC